CAAUGAGCUCAACACAAAACGACCAACAUGGAGCGGGAAGUCAGCGCUCUCAGGAGGCCGACAAACCUCACAGAAGAAAGGGAGAGAAAAAAUACAGCUGUGAUGAGUGUGGGAAGUCUUUCACACACAUUAGUAGCCUAAAAAGACACCUUGUCUUCCACAGUGACAUUAAACCAUACAGCUGCGAUCAGUGUGGGAAGAGUUUCACCCAGAAAAGCAGCUUGAGCAUGCAUAAAUUCAUCCACAGCAUUAAACCAUACAGGUGCGACGUGUGUGGAAGGUCUUAUACUCGAUCUGGACAUUUAAAAAGUCAUCAAGUCAUCCACAAUAGAUUCAAACCAUUCAAGUGUGACUUGUGUGGAAAGUCUUAUACUCAAGCUGGACAUUUAAAAAAUCACAAAGUCAUCCACAGUGGAGUGAAACCAUUCAGGUGUGACUUGUGUGGAAAGUCUUUCACUGAGAUGAAGAGCCUAAAACGACACGAAGUCUUCCACACCGGAGCUAAACCAUUCAGCUGUGAUCAGUGUGGGAAGUGUUUCACCCGCAAAGAAGGCUUGGAAAAUCACAAGCUCAUCCACAGCGGAGUUAAACCAUACAGCUGUGAUCAGUGUGGCAGAGCUUUUACUUGCAGGAAAAAUUUAUGGAUUCAUCAAAUUACCCACUCUGGAAUAAAGCUAUACAGCUGUGACGUUUGUGGAAAAACGUUUAGUCAUCUGGGGAGCCGAAAUAAACAUCUGCGCAUUCACACCGGGCAGGAUGUGUGCUGCUGUGAUCUGUGUGGCAAACGCUUUGUUACAUACAGCAACUUACAAAUCCACAAACUUACCCACACUGAGGAGAGACCUUAUAAAUGUGAGCUGUGUGAUAAGGCUUAUAAAGCUCCAAAUUCCCUGAAAGUGCACCAGAAGAGUCACACCAGAAAGAGACUGUACAAGUGCAGUUACUGUGACAGGCAGAGCGACACAGAUGGAUCCAAUUCUCAGCCCUGUUGUCACUGUGGUGCUGUGAAACCGUUUUGUUGUGACCUUUGUGGAAAAGCUUACAAGAAGAAAAAAGGCCUGAUAUGGCAUCAACGUAGACACACUGGACAAAGACUGAACUACUGCAAACAGUGUGGGAAAGGCUUCCCCACUCCAAGUGCAUUAAAGCAACAUGAACUCUUCCACAAUGGUGUCAGAAAGCACAUCUGUGACCAGUGUGGGUCAUCCUUCAUCACUACAGGUGACCUUAAAGUGCAUAAACGCAUCCACACAGGGGAGAAACCAUACAAAUGCAGCCACUGUAACAAAAGCUUCUCACAUUCAAGUAAUCGUAACAUUCACGAACGUGCACACGAGGAAGAGAACUACAUGGUUUAUCAGCAUGAUCUUGCAGAACUGAAAUCAGUGGAUCGCAAUGAAUCUGAAGAGACAGAAAGAUCCUUUUCUGGUUUCAGGGUCAGACUUAAAAACCUUGAGAUCAGGCUCCACAGAGUUCAGGUGGAAUCUUCUGUAAAGAGUGUCAGCGGAUGUCACACUUGGAUCUGAUGAGGUAGCUCUGAAUCCUGAAUCUUAAAUUAAAUUUCGGAUGAAAACGGUAUGUCCAGAAGAACAGAAUAUACUCAAUGAUUGAGCAUGCAUCCAGACACUACUGUCUGUACUUUAUUCUAUUUCUGUUGCGUUGUCUCAGUGAAGACACCCAUGAAUGCCUCAUGUUCACCAAACUAACUAAUACUAAAACUAAGGAUAUUUCCUCUGUAUUGUUAUUGUUAUUAUUGUUAUUGUUAUUAAGUGCUCUGUGGCAGAGAAGAGGGCUCCGCUGAGGGCGGUGAAGGCUUCCCAGAGCGUUGUUGGCAGCAGCGUCCCCGCCACAGCAGACACACACACCUUCUGUUCUUCCUUUUACCACACUGUAAACAUGCUUCUUCUUAUACUGUAAAUAUGUUUGUGUUUAUAUUGUUGCCUCUAUCUGGAAGUUGAGUGCAGAGCUCACUCAAUGUACAUGCAUGUGCUGGAAUGACAAUAAACACCUUAA